AUGGCCUCGGUGGGGACCCCGGAGCAGCGGCUCCCCGGGGCGGAGCGGCCGGCGGCGGGGGGCCGGGCGGAGGCGCCGCGGUGCCGCAGUCUGCCCGCGCUCGGCUCCCCCCUGGCGGCCGGGGGGGGCGGCGGCGGCGGCUCCGCCGCGGGACCGGCUCCCGAGGCCGAGCGGGGCCAGGGCGCCGCUGCCGAGGCUGCCCGGCCCCCCGCCGCCAGCGGCAGCGGGAGCUUGCCCUGGAAGACGGAGGGCGGCCAGCCAGCGGCGCCCGGCCGAGGGGUGUCCCUGGGCCCCCCGCUGCUGCUGCCGCCGCCGCCGCCGGCGCUUCUGCUGGCGGGCCCCCCGGGCAGAGCGUGCCUGCGGGCAGUGCUGGCGGACUCGCGCUUCUUCCUGGUGUGCAUGUGCUUCCUGACCUUCAUCCAGUCUCUCAUGGUCUCCGGCUACCUGAGCAGCGUCAUCACCACCAUCGAGCGGAGAUACAGCCUCAAGAGCUCGGAGUCGGGGCUGCUGGUCAGCUGCUUCGACAUCGGGAGCCUGGUGGUGGUGGUCUUCAUCAGCUACUUCGGGGGUCGCGGGCGGAGGCCGCUCUGGCUGGCCGUAGGGGGGCUUUUCAUCGCCCUGGGCGCUGCGCUCUUCUCCUUACCUCACUUCAUCUCUCCGCCGUACCAGAUCCAGGAACUGAACUCCUCCGUCAGUAACGAGGGCUUGUGCGUGGCUGGCAAUGGCACUGCCAAAGAGCAGUGGGACUCGUCGGCCUGCAUCAAGGACACCGGCGGAAAUGACCACUCACUCUAUGUAGCUUUAUUCAUUUGUGCCCAAAUCCUCAUUGGCAUGGGCUCGACACCCAUCUAUACCUUGGGACCAACCUACUUAGAUGACAAUGUCAAGAAAGAAAACGCCUCGCUUUACCUAGCCAUCAUGUACGUAAUGGGAGCACUUGGACCUGCAGCUGGAUACUUAUUAGGAGGACUUCUUAUUGGUUUCUAUGUUGAUCCUAGGACAACUGUGUACAUUGACCAGAGUGAUCCCCGAUUCAUUGGAAACUGGUGGAGUGGAUUUCUCCUUUGUGCCAUUGCUAUGCUCCUUGUGAUAUUUCCCAUGUUUACCUUUCCGAAAAAGCUCCCUCCUCGACAUAAAAAAAAGAAAAAGAAGAUGAAUUCUGAUGAUGUUUCAAGUGAUGAUGAUGUGAUGAAAGAGAAAACAAGUAGCAAAACAGAAACAGAUAGUUCAGUUUCUGCCUCUAUGGGAUUUGGAGAGAAUGUUAAAGAGCUUCCAAGAGCAGCUGUCAGGAUCUUAAGCAACAUGACAUUCCUUUUUGUGAGUUUGUCAUACACAGCUGAGAGUGCCAUUGUCACAGCUUUUAUUACCUUCAUUCCCAAGUUCAUCGAGUCACAGUUUGGCAUCCCAGCUUCCAAUGCCAGCAUCUACACUGGUGUGAUUAUUGUCCCAAGUGCUGGUGUUGGUAUUGUCCUAGGCGGCUACAUUAUAAAAAAGCUGAAACUCGGUGCAAGAGAGUCUGCAAAGUUGGCUAUGAUCUGCAGUGGGGUAUCUCUGCUGUGCUUUUCAACACUCUUCAUUGUUGGAUGUGAAAGCAUUAACCUAGGGGGAAUAAAUAUACCUUAUACAACUGGUCCCACUCUUGCCAUGGCCCACAGGAAUCUGACUGGAAGCUGUAAUGUUAACUGUGGAUGUAAGAUUCAUGAGUACGAGCCUGUCUGUGGAUCAGAUGGAAUAACAUAUUUUAAUCCUUGCCUAGCUGGCUGCAUCAGUGGUGGAAACCACAGCACAGGGGUCAGAAAUUACACAGAAUGUGCCUGUGUGCAGAGUCGGCAGGUGAUCACUCCGCCCACAGUGGGCCAGCGCAGUCAGCUGCGGCUCGUGAUUGUCAAAACCUACCUGAACGAGAACGGCUACGCUGUGUCCGGGAAGUGUGAUCGAACCUGCAACACGCUCAUCCCAUUCCUCAUCUUCCUCUUCAUUGUAACCCUUAUAACAGCAUGUGCCCAGCCAUCAGCAGUCAUAGUGACACUCAGGUCUGUGGAAGAUGGGGAGCGGCCCUUUGCACUAGGAAUGCAGUUUGUUUUAUUAAGAACUCUUGCUUACAUUCCCACUCCAAUUUAUUUUGGGGCUGUUAUUGACACCACGUGCAUGCUUUGGCAACAGGAUUGCGGCGUACAAGGAUCUUGUUGGGAAUACGAUGUCACCUCGUUUCGUUUUGUCUACUUCGGGUUGGCAGCUGCUCUCAAGUUUGUGGGAUUCUUUUUUAUUUUCCUGGCCUGGUAUUCCAUAAAGUGUAAAGAAGAACAACUGCAGAGACAGAGUUGGAGGGCUUCGCCGGUGAACACUGUGAGUGAGAUGGUUGGACAACCUGGACCCCAACAAAACUAUGCACGGACUAGAUCCUGCCCUACCUUCAGUUCCCAAGGAGACAUCAGUGUGGCACAAGGAAUGAACUGCUUAGCACAGACCUACCCCGGCCCUUUUUCAGAAGCAAUAAAUUCCUCAAAUGAAAAUGCAUUGGAAGAAGUCACUGCUGAGAUAUAGACCCCUGGCUUGGUAAUGUAAUAUUUACUUUUGUUGGUUGACUUAGUUACGGCGCCUUGUAAAACACCUGUGCCUUCUAUUUUUAAUCUAAAUGUAACACGUGAUAAAACCAACAAAGCUUGAUGCAAACAACCAUAAUACGUUCCUGAGGGCUGGAUACCUCAAACCAACCUGAGUUCUUAUUUCUCCCCUCCCGACGAUGGAGUUUUAAAAAUUGUGUUUGUAAUGAUUUCAGAUGUGUCCAUUUAAUGUCCAUGCUCUGAUCUAAUACCAUUGUAAAGCUGAGGUGUUAAGAACAGCAGAAGGCAGUGGAAGAGUGACAAAAACUCAUAUUGUUGAUGUCUACACUCACAAAAAUGCUUAAAUGUAUUGUCAACUUCAUAUCCGCAAAUUGUAUUUUUAAGAGAUGAGUAAUUACUGUGAGUUCUGCUACAAAGCACAACUGAACUUAUUUAAACUAUGCAACUUAUUUGGAUAAGUGUAUGUGCAGCAAAUUAAGUUUAAAGCUUGCUUUUAAAGACAUUACUGCAACUGAAUUUGAAAGGGGCUAUUUUCAGGCGUAAUCAUUAAAUUAAAAAAUAACAUAAGGUUUAAAGUACUGUUAAUAAAAUGUCAAGCCAUACAAGAGUUAUGCAUCAGGUAAUGUUUGCAAAUGUUGAGUUGUAACAUCUUUAUCCUGUCAAAAUGUGCAUUAUUUUUCACUUGAUGGGAUGUAGUCAUUCUUCACAAAGUAUGUAGGAUACUGUAAUGCUUGAAGUAAAAAACUUCAGUAUUGGUUUAUAGUAAUACUAAGAUGUAGGAAUCAUACACACAUACCAGAGCAGAUAUAUGCAUAUUUCUGCAAUGUUAUUUGGGUGGCUGUUACUAGCACCAAGUCCAUACUUUCCUGAAGAAGAAAACAGCUGGUUAUGGUUUGAUAGGAAGUUUGGCUGUCCUUCAGAAUUGCAUGCCAGUCUAGUUCAGCUUCAGUGGGAAAGUCCCGAGGGAGGGCUAAUGGCCUCGCCUGGUGUCU